AAUUAAAAAAAAAAAAAAAGAUGACUAACCUAUGCCCAAUAUUGGUCUUGAUGCAAUAAGAAUGUUUCAUCGCUUUGCAGAUAGAUUCCAGAAUCUUCCAUUUUACGAUCAUAUUCCUGAGCAAUGUCUAUAGAUCUUUAUGUAAUUUCUAUAUUAACCCUUAUUAUUGAAGCCAUAUCUAGUCAGUCAGACUUUUGCUUACUUCUAAGACCCUCUUCAAUACAUGGAUUAAAAUUUACAUAAAAUCCAAUUUGGCUUGGGAGCACUUAAAUUAAGGCCUACAAAUAAAUUUCUUUUAGGGCAUAUGAAAUUUUCUAUUUUGCACACCAGAAUAGGAAUCAGAAAUCUUAUGUCAGGAAUUGACACAUAAUCUGAAAUUCAUGUCAAAGUUCCAAUGAGCAGUUUGGGAUAUGUUUCUCAAUUUCCUCUUAUUUUUCCCAGUAUUUUUAAAAUAACUUGAAACUUAUCCAAACCACAACUUCUUCAAGACACAGUUUUUACCAGAAGUCCCUUAGCCUCAUAAGAGUGUUUAGCAGUUUGUCUCUGAGCUCUGAUCUCUUUGACUGAAGCAGAGCUCUGGUGACAUCUUCAGAGCAAGUGGUAAAAAAGAGCCUCCCGAAUCUUCUGAAUACAGAAGAUGAUGGUACGAGAAGGGCAACCUCAAGAUAGAGAGAAAGCAGUAUGGCGGUCCCAAGUAAGAUUCUGGUCUGUUGCUGUGAUUUCCAUAGCACUCCUCAGUGCUUGUUUCAUUGUGAGCUGUGUGGUGACUUAUCAUCUUACGUAUGGCAAAACUGGCCAAAGGCUGUCUGAACUACACACACACCACUCAAGUUUAACCUGCUUCAGUGAAGGGACAAGCAUGAGAGGGAAUGUCUGGGCAUGUUGCCCAUGUGCUUGGAAGUCAUUUGGUUCCAGCUGCUACUUCAUUUCUACUAAACAGAAUUUUUGGUCAAAGAGUGAACAGAACUGUGUUGCAAUGGGUGCUCACUUGGUGGUGAUCAACACAGAAGCAGAGCAGAAUUUCCUUGUCCAGCAACUGAAUGAAUCAUUGUCUUAUUUUCUGGGACUCUCAGAUACACAAGGGAAUGACAAUUGGCAAUGGAUUGAUCAGACACCUUACAAGGAAAAUGUCAGAUUAUGGCACCAGAAUGAGCCCAAUUUUUCUGCAGAGGAAUGUGCUUCAAUAGUUUUCUGGGAAAACAGAGGAUGGGGCUGGAAUGAUGUUUUUUGUGAUACUAAGAGAAACUCAAUAUGUGAGAUGAAGAAGAUUUAUCUCUGAGUGGAACUUUAUUCACUGACACCUUUGAAGUUAAGACCUAUCAUAAAAUGAUAAUUUCCUCUUACGCUUAUGUAUAAUCUUUGUCACAGAGGUUCGUGGAAAUAUUCAGAUACCCUUCUGCCUUCAAUCAUCCCUCUUCUAGUUUCCUGUUUUUCACUAAUGAUAAGAUGAACUCUUCCUUCGUUUUCUUUUUAAUUUGUUCUUCAUUCUUUCCUUUCUUCAUAUUUCUUUUUGCAAAUACUCCUUGGGCCAGAGGCUGUACUAUUUUGUCUGUUAGAAGACUCAUAGGGAAGUAACUUUUGAAAAUUAUGAAUUUCUUUCACCAAAAUGCCGCUUAAAAGCCCUUUUGGCCAAGGUGGUGACUGGGACUGCAGUCAUUGGAAUCCCUGGCAAGAGCUGAAGGAUUUGGUUCCUAGAAAGUUCACUCACAUGGCAAUUUCAUAUUGGCUAUUGGUAGAAAGCCUCAGUGCCUCACCACAGGGAUCUCUCCUUGGGGUUAUUUGAGUGUCCUCACAAUAUGUUGGCUGGCUUCCACCGGAGCAAGUAAUCCAAGAGAGCAACUGAGAGCAGCAAUGUCUUUUGUGAUCUAGCUUCAAAAGCCAAACACCAUAAUUCCAUUGGUCACACAGACCAAACCUGAUAUAAUAAAGAAGAGGGCUGGGGCACGUGGGUGGCUCAGUCGGUUGAGUGUCCAACUGGCUCAGGUCAUGAU